AUGAGCAAGUUGGGCAAGUUCUUCAAAGGGACCCGCUCCUCCCGGGCCCGCGCCGCUCCCAGUCCCCAGGAGGCCCUGGCCCGCCUCCGGGAGACCGAGGAGAUGCUGGCCAAGAAGCAGGAGUACCUGGAGAACCGAAUCCAGAGGGAACUCGCCCUAGCCAAGAAGCACGGAUCCCAGAACAAACGAGCUGCCUUGCAGGCGUUGAAAAGGAAAAAGAGGUUUGAGAAGCAGCUCACUCAGAUUGACGGCACCCUUUCCACCAUUGAGUUCCAGCGAGAAGCGCUAGAGAACUCACACACCAACACUGAGGUCUUACGGAACAUGGGCUUCGCAGCCAAGGCAAUGAAAGCAGUUCAUGAAAACAUGGAUCUGAACAAAAUCGAUGACUUGAUGCAAGAUAUCACAGAGCAGCAGGACAUCGCCCAAGAAAUCUCAGAAGCGUUUUCUCAAAGGGUUCAGUUCGCCGAUGGCUUUGAUGAGGAUGAGCUUCUGGCAGAACUUGAGGAACUGGAGCAGGAGGAAUUAAAUAAGAAGAUGACAAACAUGAAGCUUCCAAAUGUGCCAUCGUCUUCUCUCCCUGCACAGCCCAGUAGGAAGCCCAGCAUGCCCUCCACUGUACAUCGAUCUCGAGCAGCGUCAUCUAGGAGGACAGAGGAUGAUGAUGACUUCAAGCAGCUGGCAGCUUGGGCUACUUAA